AUGGCUGACAUUGAAAAAAUGUUUCAUCAGGUCAAAGUAUCAAGGAUAGAACAAGACGCUCUUCGUUUCGUUUGGAGAGAAAACACCAGCGACAAUAUUGAUGACUUUGCCAUGCAAGUACAUUUAUUUGGUAAAGUAGACUCACCUUGUUGCGCAAAUUACGCUCUUAGACAAACUAGUAUCGAUCACGAUCGCGAAAUCGUAGACGCUAUCACGAAAAAGUUUUACAUGGAUGCUUAUCUGCACUCCAUGAAAACGGUAGACGAAGCCGUAUCGAUUGCAAAAACCGUGACAGAAGCAUUGAAAAGUUGUGGCUUUCGUUUAACAAAAUGGCUUUCAAAUUCUUGUGAAAUUCUAAAGUGUUUUUCCAAAUACCGAAACCGUAAUGAACGUCAAUAUAGAUCUAAACAAAUUACUGACUGA